UUUAAAGUGUACUAAGGAAUCAGGGGAACAAUAUAUUAAACCUUUUCGAAUAGAUUUCUGGUAGUUUAUUAUACUUUUCUAAUUAAAUAAAGAGAAUGCUUGAGCAGUCUUCGGAUGCUGUUCUUCGAAUGACCGAUGAGUAUGCGGCGGCAUUUGAUCUAGAGGUGUGGAAGGCGCAGCAAAAGGCUCGCUUUCGUUCACAACUUCGCCAAGCGAAAGAAAAUCUCGAGCGGGAGAUCCACUUAGCGGUGAGGGAAAAAGAAAAGGAAAACAUAGCGGAAUUAGAGAAUACACGUAAAGACCUCGAAAAGGUGGCGAAACGUUUACAGGAGGAUGAAAAAGCUAUUCAACGUCAGACUCAACAGCUCGAACUCCGGGAAGCGGCAUUUGAGGCGCGCCGAGUUAAGGUUGCGGAGCAGCACGAAAUACAUAUUAAUCGCACUGAGCAGCGCGCAAAACGCACUAUAGAAGACGCAUUUUCUCGUCAAACCUUCUUGGAGUCUCAGGUUUUAGAAAAGGAUACUAUGAUAAACCAACUAAAGGAUAAAUUACAGAGCUUAGAAACAGAGUACGAUUCGCUAAAAGAAAAGAUGGAUUCCUGUUUAGCUGUGCAAUCGAACUCGCAUGCUGAAAGUCUUAGAAGGAUGGAGCAAAAGGUCACAAAAGCAAACAAAGCCAUUGAUGAAUUGAAAAGUAUUUUAAACGAUCGUACGUACCUUCUUCAGCGGUUAUGGUCUGAAAAUGAGGAGAUGCAGAUGCAGCUUACGCAGUCUAAGUUGAAUUCGGAAACCUUAUUCAAGAAGUAUCACGAUCUAAUGAACAUGUGGUAUGUUAGGGAGCAUAAGGAUAAGGUAAAAGAGAUAAAGCGACUUGACGAUAAAGUUCAGCAACGUCGGUUGCGUGAGGAAUCACAAUCAAAGCCUGCAGACGAUCCUCUUUAUAAGAUAUUGUAUUCUUUGAAGGCGGAGGUGGCUUCAUAUCUGAAUGAAGUACCUCCAACGCAGCGUGAGAGCGGGGUGACUCUAAAUCGCUCUUCCACGCCAUCCUUUGUGUGUGUCGAACGUCCGCUUCCUGUUACUCCUUCUACUUCCGCUUCUCCACAUCCUCCACAAGUUGUCGAGCGCAUUCCUGCAGCUUCUUAUAUUGCUGACGGCGUAAUGGCCAUAAACCCUCUUGUUGAAAAAGCUGAUGGAGACGGUAUUUCAGGAAACACUUCCACCAGUUCCUAUCCACAUGUGGAGGUGGAAUCCUGGAGAUCCGAUGAUGGGGAUGAAAAGGAGAAAGACAAGGAAAAUAAUAAGAAAAACAAAGAAGCAAGGGAGAUUGAGGUUGGAAAAAUAAGACAGACGUAUGUUUCUACCUUGCCACCUCUCGCUCCUGUUGUUUCUACUACUAUGCAAGAGGUUUCUCCUUCUCCAGAGGAUUUUGCCGAAGCCACAAAAACCGGUGCCCCUUCGGCAGAAUCCACACGCAACGAAAUGAUGAUUUUUGUUUAUCAACUGAAGAUUAAUAGGCAAAAGCUAUUAGAUACGGGGGUAUACAACGAGGAUCAUGCGGUUAUCAAGGAAAUGGAUGAAAAAGUUGCUUUAUAUGAGCAAUAUCUUGCAGUAUAUACUUAG